AUGUUAAUGACGAAAUCUAUUACAGAUGACACUCCAAAAGAAUGUAAGAAAUAUGGAAUAUGUGCAAAUGUUGAAAACUAUCCCACUGAAUUAGCAAAGAAAUUGAUCGCAGAGCUUGCAUGUAGCUUAAAUUCAGGUGAGGACAGGCAAGCAAACAAACAAAGUCUUUGUACAACCAUAAAAAAGUCAUGGUCACCAAGACUCGCUCACCACGACAGUGGUGAUUUUAAACAUAUCUUAAACGAUGAUAUUCCAAUUCAAGUAUUCAGUAUAGGAAUAUGCCAAAAUUCUAACGAACCAAGAGAUGAUAUAUCCAUGUUAUGUCGCAGUGAAACAAUGUUGUUGGGAUACGAAGGCCAGUGCAUUGAGAAAACGAGACUCAACGAAAUGUAUUAUAUAGAGGGCAACCGAACUGCAAGAGGGUACUUUCAUGUUCCAACAUGCUGUUCUUGUGACUUAAAACGUAUC